AUGCCUUUCAAGAGAUUGUUCGGCGGUAGAAGGAGAGGGACCAGCAGCUCGAGGGGCAAUGAAGAUGAUUCCAGUGACCAAUGGCCACCCUUCCAGCCUAUUCAUGACACUUAUCCAUCAGCCUCACUGAAUUUUGACCAGCAGAGCCCCGCACCAGGUCCAGCCCCUGGCUCUUGGCAGAGUCAAGUCCCAAGUCAAACAUGGAAUCAAGGGAUGCAAUUUGAGAUGUACAAUCCUUAUGCGCGACAACUACAGCACAACCAAGCUCACGAUGCCGAUACUUACCAUCCUGGAGGCUCAUUAGACGUAGGUUUGCGGCCCACAGUGUAUGAAUCCCAAUCGUACGAUGGCUCCUCCUCAGCUCAAGGUGGUACUGGUUAUUCGGAAGAUACACCGGCUUAUUCUCCAAAUACGGUGGCCCCUGCUACAAGGUACAAUGCCUUUACGCAAGCGAUGCUGAAUCAAGCCAAUGCAAACUUGCAUCGAUGCUCAUACACAGCUGCCAAUAUGACUCAAGAGCCUCUUGGAGAGGUCUCAUGGAAACAUGUCCAAGAUACGUUCCGGGAGUAUCUGAAGGCCCGCGAAGUGGUCCCACGCGAGAUCAGACCCUCGUGGUUCCGUGAAAUCAUACCGUCAUUGGAGCAAGAGGGAAUCAACUACACGACUGUCGAACACAAUCCUGAUCGAGUUGAUGAUGCGAUCGACCAAUCAGUAUUUGCUCCUUAUUACCGGGCUGCGUGUGAUCGGGAUGCGCGUGUCGAGAUCCACAGAGUCAAUUCGGACACAGCGUGGGCCUCGCUCCAAUUCGGCUGUGUGAAGCCUGACUUGGAUGUGGAAGUGAUGAAAGGCGUAUUGGCUUUCUCUAGUCAAAUCACUCGAGAUGAUAUCGUCUCAGAAAACUGGAGAUGGGCGAGGUCGGCUGCAUUGACGGAGGCGCAAUUGUCAGUGCGCGAUGAAUAUAGGGCGGCUCGACGCCUGCGGGUAGGUAAAAGUGCGCGCGAUAGGCUCAGAGCUGAGUAUCAAAGACGUGAAGAAAAUAGACAAGAUGAACUGAGCGUUCCUUUUGCCGAUCAGGAUGGCCUCAUUAGAAGGUUUAGGGAGGCAAAUGGUUGGUGGAGCGAGGAUGAUGAUGUGACGGCUCCAGUACCUGGAGAGAGGAUUCAAGAUCCUCGGGAUUCCUGGGAAGCUUUGCACUAG